AUGUCUGCAUCCUGUACAAUAAUUGGGGUGUCAUCUGGGACUAUCCAGUAUGAUUUCGAUAAACCAUCUUAUGAAUUCCUCUAUCAGUUCUGGAAUCAGCACAGGAAUUGCAUGUGUUAUUUCUGCAAACCUUCUAAUCCCUACUACGUCACUAGAGACCCUGCUACUGAGUGUUAUCCUCUACAUUCACCCAUGGUUUUCCAACCGAAUAUUCAUGUUAAAGACAAUCCAAAGCUUCUGAUAAGCGAUUAUCCAUCCUUGAUAGCGCCAGAUAAAUCGGAUGAUAACGUAGAAACCAAUGCCAAGAAAAAAGUCGUUUUGACCUGCAGUCAGUGCCAGAAGGAGUUCAAACAUAAAAAGCGGUACAAAACCCACGUGGAGGUGUGUAAUGGUGCGAUGCCGUGCCAAAUGUGCGGUAAAAUGUUCAACAGUGACCGGUGUCUGCAGGACCAUGUUCGGAAUGUACAUACCAAUAGCAACCUCUCUUGUGUCCACUGUUUGAAGGUCUUCAAGACUAAAGUUAGUCUUAGGAUGCACACCAGAAGAAUGCAUACUCCGUAUGAACGACAGAUUUCUUGUAGUCAGUGUGAUAAAACAUUUGGAUGUCAGCAGUCUCUAAAGCGUCACGUGACAACACACGAUACUCAGACCCAGUGGAACUGCGAGGCUUGUGGGAUCUACUUUCAGAGCUCGUACAAUCUGAGGAGGCAUCGUCUUAUGCAGCAUGUGCGAAAAACCUUGAGAUGCCGAGACUGUAAUGGUUACUUCGAGACUCUUCACGAAUGGUGGAGCCAUGUUGAUAGUCAUCCUAAGAAGAAGUACCUGUGUACAGAGUGUCCCCUCUCAUUUAACAACAACAAGAACCGGAAGAGACACUCCCUAGUGCACACAACGCAGAAAUCCUUCCAUUGUGGCCUGUGUGACAAAUCCUUCAAGUUAAAGAAGAGUCUGGUGUACCACCAGAUGCACCGACACCUCCGAGUGCGAGGCUACCAGUGUCACCGGUGCGGGAACAAGUUCUCCCGAAAGUGCAUCCUAACAGAACACCUCAAAACCCACUCCCCCAAAACCCUGUCCUGUCCUGUGGACACGUGCCAUGCCACAUUCCACACCAAGUACAGGGUAGCAUGUCACGUGGCAACCUGCCACCACUCUUAUUUUAUACAGACUCGUCGGCUCCGGGCUGCUAGUGCCCAGGAUAAAAACAGAAUGAUAAGACAGAGUCAGUAUUACAUUCAGAACGAUUAUAUGUACGGGUUUAAUUCUUGCUAUAAUUAUGGGUAAUGGUAGGUUUAUUAAUUAGGUUAAGUAAAAGUUGGCUAUUGCAGUAACCUUUUCAGUUUUUAUGGGUUGUACCACUGUACCGGGGCUUAAUUUUAGUUUAAAUCAUUUUAAAAGCGCUUAUCUUCCCGCAGCAGCAGGGAUAUAACUUGUAAAGUGAUUAUCGUGAUGUACAAAUGUAUAGUCUAAUUGUUAAAUGAGCUAGUAACCGACUGCAGUAAACAUGCUGUACAAGACUUUUCUUCUGUAACAGUUCAGGAUGUUCAACCAAAUCAGAUACAAAUUUGAAAUACUGUAAGUAUCUGUAUGGUGUAAGAUUACUACUGCAAUCUGAACUUCUGUCUUUUCUUAAGCAACUUUCCACCUAGCUUUUGAUGAUAUUCC